AUGGGUUCAAUCCCAAACGUAAAUCCAAAUCUUAAUUCUACUCGCAAUCUUAAUUCCAGCGCUAAUUCCCACCCCAAUCCUCAAUCCAAGUCCAGUGCCAUGCCCAGUACUAAUCUCAAUUCCAAUUCUUAUCUCAAUCCCAACCUCAAUGCUUAUCCUUAUUCUAAUUCCAAAGGCAAACCCGAUCUUGAUCCCGAGCCUAAUCCUAAGCCCAGUCUCUAUUCUAGUCCCAAUCUCAAUUCCAACCCUAAUUUUAUUUCAAAUCCCGAAUUUCUCCUUAUGCUUAUCCCAAUCCCUCAUCUGUAUCCUAGUUCCAAUCCCAAUCUCAAUCCUAAUCCUUAUCUUUAUUCCAAUCUUAAUCCUAAUCCUAAUGCAAAUCCCAAUUCCAAUUUCAUUUCUAUUCACAAUCCCAAUUCUAAUCGAAAUCCCGAUCCCGAUCGCGAUCCCGAUCCCGAUCCCGAUUUCAAUGCUAAUCCCAGUCUCAAUUUCAAUCCCAAUCGCAAUCCCAAGCCCAGUGUUAGUUCCAAUACCAAUCCUAAUUCCAAAUCCAAUUUCAAACCUAAUCCUAAUUCUAAUUAUCAUUACAAUUCUUGUGCGAAUACCAAUUCCGAUUCCGAUUCUGAUCCCGAUUCAGAUUCUGAUUCCGAUUCAGAUCCCAAUCACAAUCCCAAUGCCAAUCCCAGUCCUAAUCCCAAUCCAAACUUACUACCAACCUAA